CUGUUUUUAAAUGUUAUAUACAGGGGACUCUGCCUGGAUAUGAGGUUCUGAGGGGAAGAAGAGCAUCACACUUGGCCGUUCACCUUGCCUAUUUGACUGUACAUAAUGGAGACCAAGGAAGAGAAGAAGGAACGAAGACAAGGUUAUUUUGCUCGUUUGAAAAAGAAAAGGCAAGCCAAACAAAACACCGAGACUGUCUCUGCCAAUUCCCCUGGAUCGCCUGUUUCCAAAACACCUUCUGAGAAAGAUGCUGAAAGUAAAGUUAUUUUGGAGCAAAUCAGUUCCUCUGAAGACAACUGUAAAUUUGCUGGGGAGAAGGAAACUGCUCCAGAAAAAGAAAAGAAAAAGAAAAAAUACAAUCAACUGAAAGAUAUUAGACGCACAGAACUUAAAAGAUACUAUAGUACUGAUGACAAUCAAAACAAAACCAAUGAAAAGAAAGAGAAAAAAAUGGUUUCUCAGAAACCCCAUGGUACCAUAGAAUAUACUGCUGGAAAUCAGGACACCAUAAACAGCAUAGCAUUAAAGUUUAACAUCACCCCAAACAAGCUUGUGGAGCUCAAUAAGCUUUUCACGCAGACGAUUGUGCCAGGCCAGAUUCUCUUUGUUCCAGAAACAAGUGCUGCGAGGCUGUCUUCUUUCAGUACCGGUGCUCACGUUUCUCCUUCAUCAUCAGAUGCCGAAUAUGAUAAACUCCCUGAUGCUGAUUUGGCAAGAAAGGCCUUAAAACCAGUUGAGAGAGUUCUGUCAUCUACUUCAGAAGAGGAUGAGCCUGUGGUUGUUAAAUUUUUAAAAAUGAAUUGUCGUUACUUCACCGAUGGUAAGGGUGUAGUUGGAGGGGUCAUGAUAGUAACUCCAAACAACAUCAUGUUUGACCCACAUAAGUCAGAUCCUUUGGUGAUUGAGAAUGGCUGUGAAGAAUACGGGCUCAUCUGCCCCAUGGAGGAAGUUGUAUCGAUAGCUCUCUACAAUGAUAUCUCUCACAUGAAGAUUAAAGACGCAUUGCCAUCUGACAUACCAAAGGAUCUUUGUCCUCUGUACAGGCCAGGAGAAUGGGAAGACCUAUCCUCUGAGAAAGAUAUCAAUCCUUUCAGCAAAUUCAAAUCACUUAGCAAGGAAAAGAGGCAGCAGAAUGAGGAUCCAUCCAUUGCUCUGGGUGCCAAACAGAUAAAGCCUUCAGAUAAGGAGAAGUCUGCUGAUUUUGAAGUUCUUCAGUCAUCUGAGAGUACAGGCUCAAUCAAAUCAAAGUCGCUGGAGUUUCCCAGCAACAUCACUGCCACUGAACAUUUGGAAAAGUUUGCUGCAGAUCCAUGUGCCAAGAAGCCUUCUGGAGAAAAGAAUGCUUCAGACAUCAAAACCAAAGAAAAAUCUUUUUUGGGAGAAGGAGAGGAUGACUUCAUUGAGCUGGAAAAGACAUCAUCUCGUAUGGAUAGAGGGUUGGGCAGGAAAAUCUCAGUAAUGGAAGGCUUGCUGGCUGACCCCAGGGAGUUGGGGAGAACUAAGCAGCAGGUAACCAAACCCACUACAGAAGUCCAGGAGCACUUGACAGUUGAUUCCUUGGAAAAAAAGGACAGUGUUGAACCUAAAGCUGACUUAGACUUAGAGCUGUGUGAAAAACAAGAUGUUAUUCCAGAAGUAAACAAAUGUGUCAGUUCCCCGACAGGUAAGGUGGAGACUGCAUUGGACACUAAGAAAGAGCUAGAGAAAGAUAAACUUAUUGAAUUUUACCUCAAUAAAGAUGGGAAUGGGUCUCAGUCAUCUGAAGACUUACACAAGGCUGAAAUCCAGAAAGGUGAAAACAAUAAAGCAAUUGGCAUAGACCUUACACUUAGCUGUUCAAAGUCCCAAGCUAAUGAAGUCCAUACAGUUAAAAGUAUGGAGCUUGAUUCCUGCUGUGUUGGAAGGAAAGCACCUUCAUUAGAAAUCAGCUCAGCAGCAGCAGAGGAAAAGGAUCUGAAAGAGUCUGUGGACUCUUCAUUAGUACCAACUAUAGACAAGACCUGUCAAGAAACACAGUUAGACAAUCAAUCAGAAAUCAGACUGUGGCUGCUGCAGAAAAUUCAAGUGCCAAUUGAAGGUAGGUCUGUGGUUAUCCUUGUUUCCUCUGAGACUUGGACAGCAUUAUGACGGUAACCUUUGAAUUGAUAGCCUUCUGCUCUAAAUUUCCUCUUUCUAUAAUACCUGGUCUUUUAUCUUUUUUACUCUUGUAUAUGAUAUUUUUAUAUUAUCUGCUAUUUAGAAGAAAAAAAAAAACAAACUUCAA